AUGAUUAGAAAUAUUGUGGGAGAAACCGGAACAUGGAGAAUAAAAAUAAAACCAAUUUAUCAAUGGAAAACAUAUGAACAGAAUGGUGAAGUGAACGGAAUCCAUACAAUUCUUAUUGAUGAAGAGGGUACUAGAAUUCAAGCUAUUAUCUCAAAGUAUGUAUUAUCUGCUCAUCAAGAUAAAAUCAAGGAGGGAGAACAUUACUAUAUCACAAGAAACUGCAAUGACAUAACAAUUCCAGCAGACCAAUUUAAUUUUGCCAAUUUCAAUGACAUACUUGCUUUGAAAUAUGACACGACAGUAUUGACAGACAUAAUUGAAGAAGUAACUGCAUAUAGUAAUGUAAAUGAUGGUUUCAAAUUAUCAAUCAACCUUGAAUUGAUAGAUGAGGAGUUUUGGGAACAAUAUGCAGAGGAAAUUUAUAGUUACCUAUCCAAACCAGAGAAUAAUAAAUCUUUUGUGAUUAUUAUUCAAUAUGCAAAAGUCAAAUUAUGGAGAGGUACGACAUCAUUGACCAAUUCAAUGUUCAUAACGCGACUCACCAUUGAACCUGAUAUUCAUGAAGUGCACGAAUUUAAAAACAGAAGGAAACUCAACGACGGUUUAAUAAUUCAACGGUCAUUGCUUGAUGAGUCUAAUCACAGUUUAAAAUCAUCAGAAUUAAUAUUUCUUCAUAAUCAUGAGGCUGUGCAAUUGAAGGAUAUAGUGCUGCUGCAAAAGUCUUAUUCAUCAUGUUACAAAUGCUUUGAUGCUGUUCAAAAAGAGUCAGAUGGUUCCAUGAGUUGUCUUACAUGCAAAGUACCUAUUCUAAUUGUUUGGCCAAGGUACAAGAUUUUUGUGCGUGUUUCGGAUGGUGUUGGGCAAUUCACUUUUGUUCUUUUUGAUUCACAAGUUAAGAAAGAAUUACAAGUUACUGCUAAAGAGUUAAUUGAUACUGAGACGUUUCCAGAGGAGUUGAAAAACUCAUCAAUAAAAUGUAUUUGUUUGUGUUUAAAGUUAACAAAUACUUUAACAUAG